UGAAAGACGUUUCGCUGACCUUAUCAAGAUGGCGGAUUCCAGAAGUUGACAGCUUCCGGUGUCGGGCCCCCAGAUCGCUGGUGACGACCUCGCAUAAAUGACGUACAACUUUUGAAAUUCACAGGCAAACAAAACAAAAACAUCCGACAAGACAGGAGAGAGUGGCAUGGCUGAGAGAAUGGCAGAGAUGGAGGAGGAGGAGGACAUUGGGGACCCGCCAGCCAGGGAGGACGACAAUGACUCGGACAGAGAUGAGGACGACAGACUGUUUGCCUGGAUGGUGAACGACGACAUGGACGAGGACGAAGAGGAAGAAGACGAGGAGGUGGAGGAGGUGGAGGACGAGCAGCCCUUGGACACGGAGGCGUCCGAGUCCUUUGAGUUGGACACGCCGGCUGAGCGCAGCGGCCACAUAGCAGUUGUUGACAGAAAUGUCAUGUAUGUGUGGGGUGGAUACAAAAAUGCUCAAAACCACGGAUUCUUUGACUUGUAUCUACCGAGAAAUGAAAUCUGGACGUACAACAUGGAGUCAGGUGUAUGGACGAAACACGUAGCCGGAGGUAACCUACACACAUCCAGGUCAGGCAGCUUUGGGGUGUGUGUUGACGGAGUCCUCUACCUGUUUGGAGGUCAUCAUGCCCGGGGAAACACAAACAGGAUCUACCGCCUGCCCCUGAGAGCUCCCAGCCUUGUGUGGGAGGAAAUGAGCGAUCUUAAAGGACUCCCUCCGUCGCCCAAGGACAAGUUGGGCUGCUGGGUUCAAAAGAACAGACUUAUAUUCUUUGGGGGCUAUGGCUACGCUGCACAGGGACCUCACAGAGGGACAUUUGAAUAUGAUGAAUCGUCUUCCCUUGUGUGGGACAGCCCCGGGCGAGGUUGGAACAAUCACAUUCAUAUCUUGGACCUGGAGACGUCGACAUGGAGUCAGCCCAUAACCUCGGGGAACACGCCAUCGCCCAGAGCAGCUCAUGCCUGUGCCACAGUUGGUAACAGAGGCUAUGUGUUUGGGGGACGAUACAAGAGCUACCGACUGAAUGACCUGUACUACAUUGACCUGGACACAUGGGAGUGGCAUGAGAUGAGCGUUCCCCAGCAGUGUCCCGUGGGCCGGUCUUGGCACUCCUUCACCCCUGUGUCGUCAGACCACAUCUUUCUAUUUGGAGGGUUCACUACCGAAAGAGAGACACUGAGUGAUGCUUGGCUGUACUGUGUGAGCAAGAAUGAAUGGAAGCCUUUUAAACACGGUCACACGCAAAGCCCCAGGCUGUGGCACACGGCAUGCUCUGGUCCUGACGGGGAGGUGUUUGUGUUCGGAGGUUGUGCCAACAACCUGUUGUCUCAUCACAGAGCUGCUCACAGCAACGAGUUAUUGGUCUUCAAUGUUCAACCCAAAUCACUAGUUGGGUUCUGUAUGGAGGCCAUUCUGCAGCACAGCGAGCGUUUAUCUAGUUACUGGGACUGUCUACCUAAACCUAUCCUGCUCAGCCUCAAACAGAAAAUGGCACGUGUCAACACACUGGGCUCCUAAGCGAAGAGGAGGCCAACAGUCCAGUCCAGAGAAUAACAGGAGGAUGUGUGUGUAUGUAUGGAAGAGAUGGCUGCUUCUCUCAGAGCAGGUAGUCUUACCAGAACAUUAGUUAAGUGUGCUUGGACACACGCAUACAUGGGGGGAAAAAAAUCAAGCAAUAGUGAGCAGCUGUGGACUGGCACACUAAGGUUCACCGGUGAUCCUCAAAGCUGUUUGUCAACCUCCCCUGUUAUUAUGCUGUAACUCCUGCGAAGCCACUAGAAUCUUCAGUGGAGCAACAGUGGUGCUGACUGUUCAGCCUAUUAGCUCGACAUAAACCGAAACAGAAUUUUUUUCAGAAAGAUUUUUCACUCCUUUUUAAAAGAUGAAUGUGGUUGAUUUUCUGCCCAUAGUGUGUCAUAAAUGUACAUCUACUACUGUGUUGGGUAAGAAAAAUUAACAAAGGUAACUUAUUUUGUUAGCAACUACAGCUAACCACUGCUAUGACUGGGCUUCAAGGGGGUUGGGUUUGUUGAAUAUUAGGAAAAAUCCUUAUUUUGUCUUUGAUUUUAAAAUAUGAGGUGUUUUGUAUCAGCUCGUCUUGUAGUAGAUAGCCAUUUAUCUUACAAUAUGGCCACCGAACUUUAAAAGUUUUCAUUAAGACCACUGAAUUAAGCCCUUUAAAGCUACAGUGUGUAAUUUUUGCACCGCUAAUUCCGUGCAGCAACCAUAUUCAACACGAUGUAGCAAACCUGGCGACUGGUCCACCCAAUGUAACUAUAUUUAACUCAUUCAAAGUUGACGAAAAAACAUUGGUUCUUUGUUGCAGGUGAUAAUACAUAUGAACACAUUUAUAUAGGUAUAGGUACAAUAUAUUCAAUUUCUGUGAAUAAGUUCUCCUAAAUAUUAUACACUGUAGCUUUAAGAAAACCAACCUACCGAAGAGGCGAGAUACAUGUGAGCCACCUGAUCUCCAUCCGGUCCCGUCUACCCAACUGGUGCAGCAUUCCCACUAGUGCACGGAUUUGAAUAGCGAAUGACCUGAAGUCAUUAGAUUCACCGGCGCUUAUAUAUGAUGAGAUCCUUCGAUCUUGGGAGUGGGCGUGUGCUAGAUCACAGGAGGGUGUCAAAUGUAAAAUGCAUACAGCUGUAGUCAGCAGAUCACUGUCGCAUAACUCAGAAAUACCAUUACGUUUGAAGAACAUGACAUGUUGCAGAGUGGCAUGGCCUUUUUUUAUACACAAUGUGUAAUGGAGGCUAAGUGAAAAACAACCUAGUUUGGAAAGAAGGCAGGACCUCAGCUUUGUGUUUUAGCAACUCUAUUUUCUCCUGGCAAUUUCUGUGCAUGGUGCAGGUGCACACAAGAAUUCUUUGAAUGAACAACAAUGUUACAAUAGUGACUUUCACUGGUCUUUCUCUAAAGCCAACUUGUAAAAUCUCCGUCGUCUCAAGUUCAGUGGUGAAAGGCUCAAAUUUUUUUGAUUUAACAGUGCAGAGGGUUUUCUUUUAUUUCAAGACCUGUUUCUUUAAUGUUUCUUGUAACUUAUAUCUGGCACAGUCUCGAAUACAGAUAAAACCGAUUCUCACAGACCUUAAACUAGUGCUUUAUGCUACAGAUCAUCUACUCUGGCUGUUACCUUUUAAUUUUUAUUUGUAUAUACAGUUAUUUAUACAUUUGUGAGGAAAUGUGUUGGUUCUGUAUUCUGAAAAUGAUUUUUGAAAGCCUUUUAACUGAGUGGCUCCUGUAGUGUUGGAAUUUUAUUAAAUCAAUGACUUAAAAUACUGAAAGUACAGUGGAUGUUCAGCCACGUUGCACUAAAAUGCCUCAUGUCAGUAGGGCUUUGUAUUUGCCCAGUUUGCACAAUGCUACCUUUGUGUGUGUGUGUGUGGUUUUUUUUAAUUAUUGUAGUAUUCAAAAGUGUUCACUUUGUAUUCAAAGAAUAAACAUACCAUAGUUGUGUUCUGUUA